UUAUGUUUGAGAAAUAGGACUUGGUUGCCAACUGAUUAUUUUUUUAGCUUAAUGAAUAAAAAUGCACUGGGAAGGAUAUCGAUAUAUUCACAAGACAAGGGAAAAGUAUGUGGCGAAUUAUUAAUUGUCGAAGAAGAACCGCUUUUAACUAUCGGAAGGUUAAAAGUUUUGUGACUCUGAAAUGUGACAUAAGAAUUCAGCGUCUUGAUGUCGGUUACUUGCACGCCCGCCUGCUUAUUGAUGAGCAGAGAAAUAUUUGGUUAGAACAGUUAGACGAGUCCAAGUCAACCUUCCUUAAUGGAAAGAAAAUGGAAGGACCAGUUUUACUUAAAGACCACGACUUGUUUGUCAUUUCUAAUCGCGAGUUCAGAUUCGAGCUUUUAAGGGAUACACAACAGAUGGCCUUUUUUAAUUCUACACCUUUACAAUUCCCUGAAGAAUUCUACGAUUGUUCUUUGGUGAGAAGGAGAAGUUCACUGAAAACUCCCUUAAAAAAAAUCUUUGAGGAAGUUUUGGCAGGCACCCUUUUUUAUCAUGAUAAGCAAAACGUUUAAAAUUUAUUUUUAUUAUCAUUCACAUCUUAGAUU